AUGUCAUCCAGAUUCUCAGCUGCGCGCCCAAAGCGCGCCGGAGAGGCAUUCGCACGAGUCCAUCACGGAGAAGAGCGCGACGAGCGCGACGAGAAAAGCCCCACAUCCAAAAAGGUCAAAUUCGAUGUCCGCAACCCGUCCGCACUGGCGCCAAGCGGACGAGACGACGACGAUGAAAACGACAAUGUCCUCGAUGCAGACGUCAUUGGCGCUUCUGGGAGGGCGACAAAGCGUGGCGCGGUGAAUAUCGACGGCUACGACUCAGAUUCUGAGAAUGAAACGUUCAAUACAAGGGCUGAGGCCAGGGGCAAAAAAGGGAAGGAUGCGGAGGACGUGGACCUGGCGGAUGUGAUGGACAAUUACAACUCCAAGGCUAGCGGCGGCGGUGGCGAUGAGGAGGACGAUGAAGUGGACAUGUUCGGCGAUGGUGAUGGCGACGACAACGCUGCGGCGGGUGGCAACAAGCCGGGAAAGAAAGACAAGCAAGUCCGCUUCCUCGCUGACAAGGAGAUCGAGGGUCAAGAAACCACCAGCAAAAGUGGCGGCACAGUACGGAUAGACAGAAAGCCGGGUAAUGACGAGGAGGAUGAGGACGAAGACGACGACGAAGAGGUUGUCGCACUGGCCAUCGCCGAAGAAGCCGUGGACGAAGAGGUCGGCCUCGGCGGCCUCAAGAAGCACGCGCCCAAGAUCGACGCUUUCAACAUGCGGGAGGAGCAGGAAGACGGCGCGUUCGACGAGGCAGGCAACUUCGUCCGGAAGGCGGUCGACGCCGACGCUGUGCACGACCGUUGGCUGGAGGGUAUCAGCAAGAAGGAGAUGAAGAAGGCCGCCGCGGCUCACGAUAAGCGCGAGGCUGAACUGCGGAAGCAGCAGCGUGAGAAUGACAGCUUAUUGACGGGCGAUCUAUUCAAGGAGCUCAUCAUUCGGCUGGAACCGGGUGAGACGGCCUUGGAUGCUCUAGCAAGGCUUAGAAAGAGCCAGACAAACAACAACAAGGCCAAGAAGAUACCCAAGUGGAAGCAAAAGAAGGCCAAGGCAAAAAGCAACGGCGAUAACGGAGGGGAUGCCAUGGAUGUCGAUGCUGAAAAGGAGCCUGAAGACCCGAAGCAGAUCAAGAUCAGGGACGCAAUUAAUGCCAUCGCCGACGCAGCAGACAAGUUGAUGCAGAGGGACUAUCCCAAUAUCUAUGAUAGGGAACGGGAGCGGCUCAUAAGGGAGUAUCGCAAUGAGACUGGGGAGGCCUGGGUGGAACCAUCGGAACCAGACGAGACCGAGGAUGGCGGUGGAAUCGGGGAAGACAAGAUGUGGGAGUUCCGCUGGACAGACGGACGGGACGACGCUGCCAAGCAAGGGCCCUUUGACGGCCCAACUAUGAAAGCAUGGCAAGAUGCUGGCUACUUUGGCGAAGGGGUAGAGUUUCGGCUAGCAGGGGGGGAGGGUGGAUGGACGAGAGUUGCUACGUUUGUGUAA